GUUAGACAGGCUAUAGCUAGCCGCUCCAUGUUAUAUGAAGCACAGCAGGCUAAAGCUAAGGGAGUCUGGUACAACAGCCCUGUGAAUGAAGAUCCACUGGUUUAAUGUUAAGUUUCUAUUGUUUGGUGGUUUUCUGGAGGAUGUUUGUGAAGCUGUUUGUGUUCUCAACAUGGGGGAAUGAACCACUGCAGGGGGGCGUGGGUGACCACAGGAGAUGGUGUGGCCUCAAACAGAUAUGAUCCAUGUAGGGACAAUAGUUUAAAGGCUGCUGAUGCUGUGGUGUUUGGAUUUAGCCUAAGUAAUUUUUCUAGUAACUAGUUUAUUUAAAAAUAAUAAGUUGUCUGAUGACAGUUGUGGUGUGAGCUCGCACCCUAGAUAUGUAUAGACAUGUAUAUAAAGAUGGAUGACGCGCCUCCCCUUCCUCCCACUAUCCACAAAUGCAGCUAAAAUUAAGAGUGUGGGAACAAGUGAGUGGGGGGAAUCGAGUUGUGGUGGUGACCAAUCAACAGUCAGUCUCAGCUGUCAAUCAUGACAUUUCACCCCUCCCCCCCAUGUUGACAACAUCAAAUUGAUUAUUAACACCAAAAUUACCAUGCAAUAAAAAACUUGAUGUUGAUCUUCAUUCGUAGCCCUUCACAUUUAGUCUUAACACAUCUCUGAAUGUGUAAAAACGUGUAUUUCCAUUGUGAGAUCUCAAGUUCACAUCUGCUUCAUCCCCCAGAACAUCAGCAACCUGCUCCGGCCAUCGAUGGAGUUUUUGGGAAGGACUGGUGUAUGGACUUUUGGAGAGAAGAGAAACUCCCCUCUCACAGAAAAGAAACAAUGGAGCCUGCUGCUAUGACAAGCAUGGGAGUACCGGCAAUAGACCUGACGGAGAGAGAGCCUGAUACCAUCUUUGUCAAGGAGGAGAUAUACGAUGAUCAUCCCAUCGGUCAGCAGAUGACAUUCACAGAUAGCAGAAAAAUCGCCGGGAUGUUCGAGGAGGACGCCUUGCUUCAUAGGUCUGUCGAUGAGCUGGAGCUUCACCCGGGGGAAUUAAACAACUUUCCCAUGACGGCCGACAGUCAAACACUGCUACGCACGCAUCCGACAAUCAUGGACAAGUUAAUAGAUGACGCGACAAUGAGCACUCUGGCCGACAACACAAAUCCUCCCUCAGCCACCGCCGAAUACUCCAACUAUACCAACGACAUCCACAUGAACGCAACGAAAGAACUCAUGAUUCAGCCGAAGCAAUUAAAGUCAACAAAACGGUUCGAGUGCUUAUUCUGUGGGAAACUGUUCAACUACUUAAGCAGUUUAAAAGUCCACAUCAGGCGCCACUCCGGCGAGAAGCCGUUCAGCUGCUCCGUGUGCGGGAAGCGAUUCGCCCAGAAAACCUACCUGAAACUGCACCAGCGCGUGCACUCGGGGGAGAAGCCGUACAGCUGCCCAAACUGUGGCAAGAGCUUCUCCCAGAAAAGCUCCCUGAACAUACAUCUUCGGACACACACCGGUGAAAAGCCUUACAGUUGUGUGGAUUGUGGGAAGUGUUAUGCGUACAAGUACGGCUUAAAUCACCACCAGUGUUUCACUUGACCUGUCAGACAAACCACGUGGCUGUUUUGGUAAGAUGUCUAACUGUGAUGAGCGGUGCUUUCGGUUGUUCUCACAGUGGUUCAGCAUGUGCCAGUAUGUAUAAAGGGAGAUUUCAAAUACCCCAUUUUAAAUACAAAAAGCCUGUGUGGUCAACAGGGCUGCUGUAAAUUGUAGCUUGUUUGGUGUUUUUAGUUUUACUUUUAUAGGAAAUCCUGCCGCAGCAAAAUGAGGGUAUAGAUAAUAUGUAUCCCUUUUAGUGUAUCAUUUGAUUUGGUGGGAUCUUGGUCCGGGGGGUUGUUGUCAAUUUAAACGAUCUCCUCGUCAAAUCGUUUUAAGGUCAAUUUUACAAAAUGCUUAUCAGCUUAGAUGAGACACAUUAUCUGGUCAAAAAAUAUUUCCCAUUUUGCCCAUGCAUGUGGUCUUAUGACUUGCGAUAUGUGUUACAUAUACAUAUAUACCUCAGUGUUAAACUGUCCAUCAGACCACAACAGGCCUCUGUUGAUGCCAAAAUAGCUUUGGACAAGUGCUCAGUUUGCACACAUGUAGCAUAAACCUUUAAAACUACCUCUUCACAACAAGGUUGGAGUAAAACAACUUCCUCAGUUUGCUUCAUUGCCCAUGCCUCAACUCUGCUUUGUAUUCACUACAUGCCACGCUUCAUUUAUUGGCAUUUAUCAGUGGAGAGAGUAGGUAAGCCGAUUGCUUUGAAUAACAUGAAAUGUUCUGUGUUGGUCACAUAUUUUUAAGAUUUGUAUUCAUUGUUCCGGUCUGAGAGGUGUUGCUGUUCUGAAAUGUGUUUGUAUGGCUGUGUCAUUAUUGUGGAGAGACAAGUGUUGUCAAUGUACAGUCUUUUAAAUGUUAACCAAGAAAUUAUAUUUUACUCUGUUCUUUCCAUUGAAAGAUCCUCUUCAGAGCCGUCUUCCUUUGGACAGAGCAAUUAGUUGAUCUUGGGUAUGACUCUGGAUAGGAUUCCCUCAGAACACACCACGCUGACACACUAAAUGAAUUCUCUGAACCCAAGAGGGAUGUCUUUUUUUUUAUUUCACUCACACCUGCAUGCCCCCUUCAAAGCCCUCCAAACUGCCAAAGUUGAAGAUUAUAUUCAAGGCAAAAAUACUAUAAAAGAAGAGUUCUAUCAAUAAACAUUUGCAUCUCAAAGCGAACAACUGUGACUGUUCUUUAUUGUAAAGAUAGAAAGAACCACUAAGACACUGAGCGGCGAAAAAAGGGUAAAUAAAAACA